GCACCCGAAAGGCAAACUUUAGCCGGAGAGUAGUUGUAUCCUGGCAGGUGAUGGCGCCCCCCGCGGCAUAGAGGUCCAGCGCCCUCCGCGAGCCUCAGACAAGUUCUUCCGUGGUGUCCGACAGAGAAAGUCCUGAUUAUUUUGAACAUGUUGGUGCGGCUAGCCAAGCUGUCCUGCCCGGCCUAUCAUUGCUUUCAUGCCUUAAAAAUUAAGAAAAAUUAUCUACCUCUCUGUGCUACAAGAUGGUCUUCAACUUCUGUUGUACCUCAAAUCACUACCCACUAUACUAUUUAUCCCCGGGAUAAAGACAAGCGAUGGGAAGGAGUGAACAUGGAAAGAUUUGCAGAAGAAGCAGAUGUGGUAAUAGUUGGUGCUGGCCCUGCAGGGCUCUCUGCAGCUAUUCGUCUAAAGCAAUUGGCUGCUGAACAUGAAAAGGACAUCCGUGUGUGUCUAGUGGAGAAAGCUGCUCAGAUAGGUGCUCAUACCCUCUCAGGGGCUUGCCUUGAUCCCUGUGCUUUUCAGGAACUCUUCCCAGACUGGAAGGAAAGAGGGGCUCCACUUAACACUCCUGUAACAGAAGACAGAUUUGGGAUUUUAACAGAGAAAUACAGAAUUCCUGUGCCAAUUCUUCCAGGUCUUCCAAUGAACAAUCAUGGCAAUUACAUUGUACGCUUGGGACAUUUAGUGAGUUGGAUGGGAGAACAAGCAGAGGCCCUUGGUGUUGAAGUGUAUCCAGGGUAUGCUGCUGCUGAGAUCCUUUUCCAUGAGGAUGGUAGUGUAAAAGGAAUUGCCACUAAUGAUGUGGGAAUACAAAAGGAUGGUGCACCAAAGACAACAUUUGAGCGGGGACUAGAACUACAUGCCAAAGUCACAGUUUUUGCGGAGGGUUGCCAUGGACACCUAGCCAAGCAACUAUACAAGAAAUUUGAUUUGAGGGCUAAUUGUGAUCCCCAAACCUAUGGGAUUGGACUGAAGGAGUUAUGGAUUAUUGAUGAAAAGAAGUGGAAACCUGGGAGAGUGGAUCACACAGUUGGAUGGCCCUUGGACAGGCAUACCUACGGAGGCUCUUUCCUCUAUCAUUUAAAUGAAGGUGAACCCCUCGUAGCUCUUGGUUUUGUGGUUGGUCUAGACUAUCAAAAUCCAUACCUGAGUCCAUUCAGAGAAUUCCAAAGGUGGAAACACCAUCCCAGCAUUCAGCCAACAUUGGAAGGUGGAAAAAGAAUUGCCUAUGGAGCCAGAGCUCUCAAUGAAGGUGGCUUUCAGUCUAUACCAAAACUCACCUUUCCUGGUGGUUUACUAAUUGGUUGUAGCCCUGGCUUCUUGAAUGUUCCCAAGAUCAAAGGUACCCAUACUGCAAUGAAAAGUGGAAGUUUGGCAGCAGAAUCAAUUUUUAAUCAACUAACUAGUGAAAAUCUCCAAUCAAAGACAAUAGGACUCCAUGUAACCGAGUAUGAGGACAAUUUGAAGAAAUCUUGGGUGUGGAAAGAGCUGUAUUCUGUUAGAAAUAUAAGACCUUCCUGCCAUGGAGCAUUGGGUUUAUAUGGAGGGAUGAUUUACACUGGAAUAUUUUACUGGAUAUUGAGAGGAAUGGAACCAUGGACCCUAAAACAUAAAGGUUCUGAUUCUGAUCAGCUUAAGCCAGCCAAAGAUUGCACACCUAUUGAAUAUCCAAAACCUGAUGGACAGAUCAGUUUUGAUCUCUUGUCAUCUGUGGCUUUAAGUGGUACUAAUCAUGAACAUGACCAGCCAGCACAUUUAACUUUAAAGGAUGACAGCAUACCUGUAAACAGAAAUCUAUCAAUAUAUGAUGGGCCUGAGCAGCGAUUCUGCCCUGCAGGAGUUUAUGAAUUUGUACCUUUGGAACAAGGUGAUGGAUUUCGGUUACAGAUAAAUGCUCAGAACUGUGUGCACUGUAAAACAUGUGAUAUUAAAGAUCCAAGUCAGAAUAUUAACUGGGUGGUGCCCGAAGGUGGAGGAGGACCAGCUUAUAAUGGAAUGUAAACUGCAAUUUAUUUCAUUUCAGGCACAUUUACAUUUAAAAUGUAUAGCAAACUAACAUUAAAAUAUUUAGAAGUUAACAAGUAUCCUUCACAAAAUAACUAUUGGUGAAAUUAAUGUUUUAUAUCUAUGUAAAAUUAUCCCAUAAAAAUUAUGAAACAUUUUCCUCUUACAAUAAAACUAAAAAUUAUGUAGCAUUUACUUACCUCUUUGAUUGUUCAAGAUUUCAGCACCAACAGCAAAAUGCCUUAUUGGGCUUUACUAUACAGUUGAUUUACCAAAUUUAAAUCUUCAAAUAUAAAAAUGAAUAUACAUUCUAGACCAGGGAUUAGCAUCUAACUCAGCACUUACUAUGAAUAAAGUUUUACUGAACCAGC